AACAAUCUGUGCUGUUGUAUUAGCUGUAAAGUGUCUCUACUGUAGGCUAUUUUUAUUAUAUGUACAGCACUUUGGCUCGGAAAAAAAAAAUCGUUUAUAAAUGUGCUAUAUAAAUAAAACUUGAUUUGAUUUGAUUUGACAAGGCAGGUAAAUAUCACAGCUCCAGAGUUAAGUGCUGAAUACUCAUUGAAAAACAAGUGACUGUACUCUGUACUUAUACCACUUAUUUUUUCUUUUUUAGGUGGUGGAGGAAGAACAACAUGUUUGCAAGAAGUCAAGGUUACACAAGCCUUUCCUGUGGCCCUGGGUCCCCACCCCAGACUUCACCGGUGUUCCCAAUACCACUCAGAGAAGGAUGUCUCGCCUUUCCUAACGCCGGGGGACACUCUCCUCAGAAUACCCCUUUGCCAUUUAGUGGGGGUUGAGCUAUAGGCUAUAUUCUGUAGAUGUGUUUAUGUUUAGCCUGGAGGACCUGGUAGUCCAGUUUUCGCGGCUUUAUUUUGUUUCCCAUAGGGCUUAUAUUUGACUUUUGGUUAGGGGGGAGCUCUGGGUCCUACGGCCCCUGGUGUGGCUGGCUCGGGUUCCCUCCGUCUUUUUGUUCCUUUUGGCCUGUCCUCCAGACCUUUUUUAUUUCCCCUUUGGCUUGUGUAAAAAAACGGCUCAUUAAUAAUAAAUGUUGGUUACCAAGUACUGGUUGUUUCGUGUAUUUUUCAUGUUACGGGUCUCAGCACAAGCCACUACGGCGGAGUUGAGGCUGUGGCCGUAACACAUGUGCUUACAGUUCGAGGACCUGGUAACACUCAUCACUGAGGGGCUCCAAUAAGCAACAGGCCUACAGUAUGUUCCAUUUUAACAAGGCUUUGGUGAACAUGGAAAUAUAUUCCUGCUUCACAUUUGGAAAACAAAGAGUCUCGUGCAGAUAUUUCAUCUCCCGCUCUAAUGAUUUCCCGGUGUGUUUUUCACUGGACCGACCCCUUGUGUUUGCUUUGAAAACAGUGCAUUACCUGAGAAAGACGAUUUGUUUCACAGGCAUUUUUAUCACUCAAAAUCUCACAAAGGCUAAAUAUGAGGCUACCACAAGCGUCAGGUUAGCUUAGCACAAACGUUAUAGUCUGUUUUUGUUGCUGGUAAGUGGAUUUGUAUGUGCCAAGUUAAAUGAGCUGGUAGCUGGCUGUGGCCUUUAGCUUGGUGUACCAAUAUUAGCAUCUAACCCUAGCAAGCCUACAGGAAAAAUGUAUUACCCAAAAUGUCAAACUAAUUCUUUAACACGCAGUUGCAUAAAUGUUUGUUGUCACCAUGUUGCUAUCACCAUGACAUAAACAACUAAACUGCCUUUAGAUCAUGUGACUUCCGUGCUUGCUAUCUUGAGGGGAAGUGACAGGUUCUCCUUGGUGCUGUGCUGGAGAUUGGGGUCUAUUUAGAGCAGCUGGAGGAAGAACAGUAUCUGUGUGUGUGUGUGUGUGUGUGUGUGUGUGUGUGUGUGUGUGUGUGUGUGUGUGUGUGUGUGUGUGUGUGUGUGUGUGUGUGUGUGUGUGUGUGUGUGUCUUAUGGGUGUGCUUUCCUCGCUCUAGGACUUCCAGGGUCCCAGAGAUAAUAUGGAAUUCAUGAGAGGAACGCCGGCAGGGGUUCCUUCCUGUCAACUGACUCCAUCACUUCCUGCGUUGGGCUUCCUGCGCCUGGACCUCCAAGGAGAAGAGUGAGGCUGCAUUGACCACAACAAAGGACCUGUUUCAUGAUUUAGAGUCACUGAAGUGAUGGAGAAGCUUGACUGCGGCCCCCAUGGUGGUUUCAAGCAGGUCUAAUACAGAUUAGAAUAAGAGUGUCAUGCACAAUUCCCACAUUUUGUAAAAGCUAACAUUUGAAAUGCUGCCAACCAAUUGCUAAUUGCAGUCAUUAAAAAAUGAAUUGUAGCAAAUGAAUGUGGGCGAAGGAUCGAACGAAAUUGAUUAAACAAAGAAAGAUGUAAAUGACAAAAGCCCAUGAAACAAAGAAGGGACAAAUGUAGAACAAUAAAAGAUGUAGAACAAUAAAAGAGGCAAUAAAGCGAGAAGGAGAGAGAGGCGAUGGCAAGAGCCAUAUGGGGCCUCUUGGUUUUUGGGCAGAAAGGGAGACUUGCCAGGUAAUGGGUUCCAGACAGACACACACACACACACACACACACACACACACACACACACCUCCCACACACACUCACAACCUAAUUUGAUUUGGAAAUCUGACAGGACAAGGAGACUGAGUGUAUGUGUGUAUAUACCAGGAGCCUUUUCUUUCAAAUGCUCAGGAGGUCUGACUUCCGCUGUCCAUUGGGAGGGGGGCCAGCUAGUGUGUGUGUGUGUGUGUGUGUGUGUGUGUGUGUGUGUGUGUGUGUGUGUGUGUGUGUGUGUGUGUGUGUGUGUGUGUGUGUGUGUGCGUGCGUGCGUGCGUGCGUGCGUGCGUGCGUGCGUGCGUGCGUGCGCGCGCGCGUGCGUGCGCGCAGGCAGGCAGGCACUGGGGGUUAAUGUAUGCUUUCAAUCACAGCUCUAGUGGGUAGAAAUCAGAUCCCUGCAGGAUCAAUGUGGACCAAUCCAAACGCACACACACACACACACACACACACACACACACACACACACACACAAAUCCGGGCAAGAAAGCAAAUACAUGUUUUUUUUUUAAAGUGCAACUGUUUUUUUAAACUAGACCGAAACAUUAACAUUAAAUAUGGAAAAAAGUUAUCACUUUUUUUUUGAUUGAAUCAACACCUGGCUGCUUCCUGCUUUUGUCUGCAAAGUUAGAAAGUUGUGCAUACAGGGUCAUAAAAAGGUCAUGGGAGGAGGACAAUGACAAAGAAGUAGAAGGAAAGAUAAUUGAAACAAAACAACAGCAUGUGGGGAGAAAUUGAGAGAUGAAACGAGAAGCAAUGAGGAAGACAGGAAGCGAUAAUUAAAGAGAGGAAGGAGGGUUGUGGAGGAGUGGCAGGCUAGGGAGAGGGCAAGAUAACUUUGGUUACACCGCCUGCUCAGGAAUACUCCACCCUCAGCCUCCAACACAAUAUCUCAGUGAGGUAGAUCCCCCAGCAUUCCCCCCAUAUGUGCUGUCACAGCCCUCCCACUCAACGUGUGUGUGUGUGUGUGUGUGUGUGUGUGUGUGUGUGUGUGUGUGUGUGUGUGUGUGUGUGUGUGUGUGUGUGUGUGUGUGUGUGUGUGUGUGUGUGUGUGUGUGUGUGUGUGUGUGUGUGUGUGUGUGUGUGUGUGUGUGUGUGUGUGUGUGUGUGUGUGUGUGUGUGUGUGUCACUGCUUUUCUCUGACAUUCCUACACAGAGCGGAGAGGAGGAGAGCACGGCUGAAGAGAGAAAGAACUUUAAAUCAGACGUUUCUUUCUCAUAAAAAUAAGUAAAGGAGAAACGUUGCAACUUAUUUCUCCAUCCAUAGGAAUUUGAAGUUCGGGAAAUCUGCCUGCAAGUGGGAAAGUCUUUCAUUUUUAACAAGGGUUUUCUGGAGAAGCAUCCUCUUGAAUCCAGUCCCAGUUUCCUCCUGUUCCUCUCCAUCUCACUGCCUGGAAACCGACUCCAAACUUUGGACGGUGGAUUUUUGGAACACUUAUUUGGAGAGGCAACAAAGGACAAGAGUACAGUGUUGCAACAGCACACAAGGAGACCCUGGCUCCUGCAAAGAUGGCUGACGAGGCGCAGCCUGACCCCGACAGCCUGCAGAUUCCCGGUGAUCAUUUAUCAGCCCCUUCAUCGCCUGCCACAGCUCGAAAUGACUGCAGCAUCACACCCCUCACACCGUCACCGUCACCGAGGGUGGAGGUCAGACCCCGGAUGUCCUGUCCUUUCUCAGUUGUCGUGGCGAUAGACUUUGGGACGACCUCCAGCGGCUACGCCUUUAGCUUCACUCAGGACUCAGAGGCCAUACACAUGAUGAAGCGCUGGGAGGGAGGGGACCCCGGUGUAGCCAAUCAGAAGAGCCCAACGUGUCUGCUUCUGACUCCUGAAUUGAAGUUCCACAGUUUUGGGUUUGCGGCCCGGGACUUUUACCACGACCUGGACCCGGAGGAGGCUCCACACUGGCUCUACUUCGAUAAGUUCAAGAUGAAGAUCCACAGCACAAGUGACCUCACCAUGGAGACGGAGCUGGAGGCGGUCAGCGGGCGGAAGGUCAGGGCCAUCGAGGUGUUUGCUCACGCCCUGCACUUCUUCAGGGAACAUGCUCUAAAGGAGGUGAAGGACCAGUCGUCAUCAGUGCUGGAGGGAGAGGACAUCCGAUGGGUGAUCACCGUCCCAGCUGUGUGGAGACAACCCGCCAAACAGUUCAUGAGAGAGGCUGCAUACCUGGCUGGUCUGGUGUCUCCUGAUUGUCCGGAGCAGCUCCUCAUCGCUCUGGAGCCGGAGGCCGCGUCCAUUUACUGCCGCAAGCUCCGCCUCCACCAGGUGCUCGACCUGAGCUUACAGCCAAUCACAAACGGCCUCGACCUGGAAGGCUCCAGGCCCUUCGAAUCCAGCUUCAGACAAGCGAGGGAGCAGUUGAGGCGAUCCAGACACAGCAGAACCUUCCUGGUGGAGAGUGGAACCGGAGAACUGUGGUCGGAGCUGCAGACUGGGGACAGGUAUAUCGUUGCAGACUGUGGAGGAGGGACAGUGGACCUGACGGUGCAUCAGAUCGAGCAGCCACAGGGAACACUCAAAGAGCUCUACAAGGCUUCAGGCGGUCCGUACGGUGCGGUCGGAGUGGACCUGGCCUUUGAAGCCAUGCUGUGUCAGAUAUUCGGGGAGGACUUCAUCAAGAGCUUCAAGGCCAAGCGUCCGGCGGCCUGGGUGGACCUCACCAUUGCGUUCGAGGCGAGGAAACGGACUGCGGCGCCGGGCAGAGCCAACGCCCUCAACAUCUCCCUGCCCUUCUCUUUCAUCGACUUCUACAAGAGACAACGGGGGCAGAGUGUGGAGGCCGCCCUGAGGAGGAGCAAUAUGCACAUCGUGAAGUGGUCGUCCCAGGGGAUGCUGCGGCUCACGCAGGAAGCCAUGAACGAGCUCUUCCAGCCCACCAUCAGCAAUAUAGUCAAACACAUCGAGGAGCUGGUGGCAAAGCCUGAGUUACAAGGCGUGCGUUUCCUCUUCCUGGUCGGUGGUUUUGCCGAGUCGCCCAUGCUGCAGAAAGCUGUCCAGAGAGCAGUGGGGCGGACGUGUCGCAUCAUCAUCCCCCAUGACGUGGGACUAACCAUUCUGAAGGGGGCCGUGCUCUUUGGGCUGGAUCCCACCGUGGUCAGAGUGCGUCGCUGCCCCCUCAUCUACGGCGUUGGCGUCCUGAACCGCUUCGUGGAGGGGCGCCACCCUCGGGACAAACUCCUCAUCAAGGACGGCCGUGAGUGGUGCACCGACAUCCUGGACCGCUUCGUCUGCGUGGACCAAUCGGUGGCUCUGGGCGAGGUCGUGAAGCGGAGCUACACCCCCGCUCGUCUGGGGCAGCGCAAGAUCAUCAUCAACAUCUACUGCAGCCCCUCAGAGGAUGUCACCUACAUCUCAGACCCCGGGGUCAGGAAGUGCGGGACGAUUACUUUAGACCUACCGGAGCCGCUACAGCUACCGGGAGCAGUGGGAGGAGAAGGCGGAGCAGGAGGAGGAGGACCAGAGAGGAGAGAGAUCAGAGCCACUAUGCAGUUUGGAGACACGGAGAUCAAAGUCACAGCGGUUGACGUCAUGUCUAACCGCUCCGUCCGGGCUUCCAUAGACUUCCUGGCUAAUUGAGGAGGAGCAGGAAGUGGAGAACAGGAAAAAACGGAUUCUUGGGAUGAUAAUUGUAGAAUAAUAAGCGGUACUUUGGGAGUGGGAGACAGGUUUGAGACUCACAUCCUGUGAUUCAGACAUUUAGGCUUUACAUUUACUCAGUAGAGUAGAGAAUAAAAAUGUAUUCAAACUUAGCCUUUUUUUUUUUACUCAGCAUCUCUUCAACUGGAGGGUGGGGCACCCUUUAUUAACAAGAGAAGAAGAAAGUGUCUACUGUCUUCAGUCACCUUAUAAUGCUGUCACACGCAUUUCCUGCCCCUUUCCUUUUGUAUGACCUCUGUAAAACCAUAAUGGAAGCUGGAGCAGUACACAUCCCUUCUCCAAUAAACGGAUACCUUCUAAUAAAUCAACCUGUACGUAUUAUACUACCUAGAGUGAGACUCACUCACGUUAAUUCUUUAAUAGGAAGACUGUUUCCUUUUCCCUCGUAUAAUGAAUCACACAGGGAUGUCAAAAGGGUCCGAUACCUCAUUCAUUCAUAUUUUUCUGUCCAUAUGAGCUAUUGACUACAUCUACCUGGACUGCAGCUUUGUUCCCGAUGUGACUGUGGUUGAGCGUGACCUAGUGGUGAAAGAGUGAACUACAAGCUAAAAAUCAUUGAAGUAGAAACUAAGGACCCUUUAAAAGGAAGGACUGUGGCAUUAUUGCACAAUUUGCAAGUUACUUAAACCUUACAUCACUAUUCAGGUGUAUUGUUUAGUAUUAGACAUCUUUCACAUCGCAUUACUUGAGUAAACUUGUCUUUAAAAUAUAAGUCUGCUCCUUUGGGGGCUUUAUCCUCGAUCAUGCUGUGCCACGUUAAAUGUCUAUCUCGACUAUCUGUAUGCUGGAAUGAACUGUAUUCGUAUGCAUGUAAAGUAAGAUGAAGAACCUGUGUACUCUGUUCAACAUGAGACGUCAUCUCAUUUGUGUGCAGGUUGUGAAGCACUGUUAUUAUCCUAAUGAUUAAUCCAUGGCCCUACAUUUUACAAUAAAGUAACACGUUUUACUCA